CGCCUCUGCUCUGUGAGCUGGCUCCCGCUGCGACCCGGGGCACUGCCCGUUGCCUACACUGUCCGGCUAGGCCGCCCGUUGCUUUUUGGCUACCCGUGGCUGCUGCAGCCCUGGGCUCUCCGCCCCGGUUGAAAGAAAAUGUCUUUGUUUAAAGCCCGAGAUUGGUGGUCCACUGUCCUGGGAGAGAAGGAAGAAUUUGACCAAGGGUGUUUGUGUGUGGCCGAUGUGGACAACAGCUGCAAUGGAGAGGAAAAAAUCAUUGUGGGCAGUUACACAGGCUACCUCCGGAUCUUCUCCCCACACCCAGUAAAGGUGGGAGAUGGAGCCCAAGCAGAAGAUCUACUCCUUGAAGUUCAUUUGCGGGAUCCAAUCCUCCAAGUGGAAGUGGGAAAAUUUGUCUCAGGGACGGAGCUUCUUCAUCUGGCGGUGCUGCAUUCUAGAAAGCUUUGUGUCUACUCUGUCUCAGGAACUCUGGGGAACGUGGAACAUGGAAACCAGUACCAGGUCAAGCUGAUGUACGAGCACAAUCUGCAGAGGGCGGCUUGCAACAUGACGUACGGGCCCUUCGGCGGUGUCAGAGGCCGAGAUUUGAUCUGUAUCCAGUCCAUGGAUGGGAUGCUCAUGUUGUUUGAGCAGGAAAGUUAUGCUUUCGGGAGGUUUCUACCUGGUUUCCUUCUGCCGGGCCCUCUCACGUACAGCUCCCGGACAGAUUCCUUCAUUACCGUCUCUUCCUGCCGACAUGUGGAGAGCUACAAGUACCAAGUACUUGCCUUUGCGACAGACGCAGAUAAAAGGCAAGAUACAGAACAGCAGAAACUUGGCUCCGGAAAAAGGCUGGUGGUGGAUUGGACUUUAAACAUCGGCGAGCAAGCUCUGGACAUCUGCAUCGUCUCCUUCAAUCAGUUGGCCUCCUCUGUUUUUGUGCUCGGCGAGAGAAACUUCUUUUGCCUGAAGGAUAAUGGACAGAUUCGGUUCAUGAAGAAGCUCGACUGCAGCCCCAGUUGUUUUCUCCCAUAUUGCUCAGUGUCUGAAGGAGCAACCAACACCCUGAUCGCCAACCACAACAAUAUGCUGCACAUCUACCAGGACGUGACCCUGAAGUGGGCCACACAGCUUCCUCAUGUGCCCGUUGCGGUGAAGUUGGGCUGUUUGCAAGGCCUGAAGGGCGUGAUUGUCACUCUGAGUGAUGAUGGCCAUCUGCAGUGCUCCUACUUGGGUACGGACCCGUCUCUGUUCCAAGCCCCCAAAGUGGACUCCAGAGAGAUAAACUAUGAAGAGCUCGAUGUUGAAAUGAAAGAGCUACAGAAAAUCAUCAGAGAUGUCAACAAGUCCUCAGGUCCACUACCUGAGAAAGAAGAUUUUCUGUCACUUUUUGCCACCGUCUCCUCCACCCUGGACAAUGUGUCUCAAGCCACCAGCAAUGAAGUGGGAGCCGACGCCAUCCCCUCUGUCACAGUGAAGGUCAUGAUACAGAGCCGGCUAGCACUGCAGAAAACCAAGCUGUCUGUUUAUGUUGAGCCUCCAUUAGCAUCCACCUGUGAUCACUUCAUUUUUGAUUCCCUAGAGCCAGAGAUUGUGAAAACCAUCAGCUUGUCUGUGUUUCUGAAAGGAAAUUACCUGCCUUCGGAACUGGAAGGCACCGCCGUGGCCUCUUAUAGCAUGCCCACAGACCUCAAUCCAGAUGGUAUCCCUCGGGUUGUCCAGUGUAAAUUCAGACUGCCCCUGAAAUUAAUAUGCUUGCCCCAUCAGCCUUCCAAAACGGCAAGCCACAAGCUCACGAUUGAUACGAACAAACCUCCUAUCAGCCUUCUCAGCCUCUUCCCAGGUUUUGCUAAUCAGGCCGAUGAUGACCAGGUGAACGUGCUCGGUUUCCGCUUCGUGACUGGCUCCCGAGUCACUGUGCUUGCCUCUAAGACCUCGCAACGCUAUCGAAUCCAGAGCGAACGGUUCGAGGACCUUUGGCUUAUCACCAAGGAGCUCACCCUCCGUUUGCAGGAGCACUUCGAAAAGCAGGGGGUCAAGGAUUUCACGUGUUCUUUCUCAGGGUGUAUUCCUCUGCAAGAAUACUUUGAACUAAUCGACCAGCAUUUUGAGCUCCGAUUGAAUGGAGAAAAAGUUGAAGAGCUGUUAUCUGAGAGAGCCGUCCAGUUCCGAGCCAUCGAACGACGACUGCUGACGAGGUUCAAAGAUAAGACACCCGCCCCUCUCCAGCAUCUGGACACCUUAUUAGAUGGGACAUACAAACAGGUGAUCGCCCUGGCAGAUGCCUCAGAGGAAAACCACAGCUACCUGCUGCAGUCCUUCACCAGGCUGAAGAGCGCCACCCACCUUGUGAUCAUGCUGAUUGGCCUAUGGCAGAAGCUCAGCGCAGACCAGAUGGCCAUCCUGGAGGCCGCGUUUCUGCCGCUACAGCAGGACUCCCAAGAGUUGGGCUGGGAGGAAACGGUGGAUGCUGCUGUGGCUCACCUGUUGAAGACUUGCCUCUCCAAGAGCUCCAAGGAGCAGGCCCUGAACCUCACGAGCCGGCUGAACAUGCCCAAGGACACCGGCCGUCUGAAGAAGCACAUCACCCUUCUCUGUGACCGCCUCGCCAAAGGGGGCCGCCUCUGUUUGAGCACUGAGGCCGUGGCUCAGCAGACCAUCGUCAUGCCAGGUGGUUGUGCCUCCAUCCCAGAGCUAGACCCAGAAGAGAGAACAACAGAGCAGGACUCACGCGGUGUGUUCCCCAGUCCCAGACACCUGGCUGCACAGACCCUCAAGCCAGAAUCUUCUCCUCCCACCACAUUUCCAGAAUAAUUAGAAUGGAGCCAUCCAGUUCAGCAGGAGCUAAGCCUCCCUGGGUUGGCCAGAUGGGGACUUCCUGUCACAUGCAGAAACAGCCUAGGGGGGGUUCCAGGCUUGGAGCCUGCUCACCUCUGUGAGGGUGGCUUUGGGUGGAGACAGAAAGGAAGACACCAACUCUAAGGAAGGCUUCGUUGUUGCAUGUCCAUCCACUGGAACUCAGACUUCACUUCUCUCUGGAGAAAGCAAGGUUCUUGCCUCUUUGUGCCUGCUUUGGGGGGGCUGGAACCUGAGGCCAGUGUUUGGGACAGUUGGUCUCUGCUGAUUUCCCCAGCCUGAAGGUUCCCAGUUGUUGGUAGCAAUCCCAUUUAGAAGAGGCACCACUGUUCAAUAAAGCCAUGGUAGCAUGGAUUUUAUUUUACCAACUGAGGGCUUGUGUUAGCUGACAUUGGUCUACUUUCCCGGUCAAAGGGAAAGAAUCCUGAGACCUCUCUGAUUUGUCAUAAGAUGUUACAGUAAUUCUUUAAAAACACACAAACACAACCUCAUGGUUUAAUGCUUGGACCUCUCUCCUUGAAAGAGCUAAGUUUUGUUCUGUCCUCAGAAAUGAACUUUACAUGUUUUCAAGGUAUGAAAAGUCAAUCUGCUGACAUUCCUUUCUCCAGCCCCCUCAUCCCCCAUUUACAACAGGGACUCACACUUUAGAAUUAAACUUUAAUUCAGGAAUCAGGGAAAUUUCCUGCCAACUCUUUGGGGUUGAAGUGGCAUGUUCAAAGCCUCCUUCCUGAGUAGACAUGUUUACACUAGUCUCGAACCCCCAGAAACCCCACACUGGGGGGAGGUGGGAUAUAAAAAAAGUCCAGUAAAAACUUCAUCGUUGAUUUCUUUUUUUGGGGAAUUGAAAACCAGCACCAACUAUAUAUUAACUCUGUUAUUACUAUUGUGUUUCUUUGAUAGAAGCAAAUGUUGUUUUUUAAACAAGCAUUUACAAUUGAACAUUAUCUGGGCCAGAAGUGGGACAACUCCAGAGGUUGGCUUUAAUCGCAUCUGCCCCAAGGCGUGCAUACACACCAAAAGAUGAUGCCCCUUUCUGCCUACUGUCGCUAAAAUACAGCCUGGUUUGGCAAGUUUGUCAUGGCAAUGCCAGCCAAGCCACAGGGGAGGAGGGAGCGGCAUAAAACCCAUCCCUUUUCUCGUGGGGAUGAGCCUCUGUCUGGAGUUUUCUCAGGUGUAUCCCUAUGCAAACCUCUUUGCCUGCACCACCCUUCUUGUGGUUCUCCCCAGUUUUCCUUUCUGGGGUUUUUGUGUGUGUGUGUGUCUUUCUCUUCUUGGCUUGAUGCUUCUCCCUCUCUAAAUCUCCAUCACGCAUCCCUUCUCUCUUUCCACCACCACCCCUCCCACUCCAGGCCCAAAUGCUCACCUGCCUGCAUGUCGACAGCCCCCCACCCCCACCCACUCCUUCUCCCUGACUGCCAGAUGAACUAUCUUUAUGUCUCUCUCUAUCCACUCGUGUUUUCCUCCUGUUCCAAAUAUGCCCUUGGCAGAGCAUUCAAGGCUCUUUCUAAUUUAGUACCACCCUAUCUUUUCAGCCUUGGUGCCCAGAAUCACUAGUGUGUUUCCUGAAACUGAAGGUAUUUGUAAUGCUACUGCCUCCCACUGAUCCUUGGGGCAAAGCAUGUUGUAGUAUCAAAACAUCAUGUGCUUUGCUUUCCUCUGGGUUCUUUUUCAUCAUUCCUCCCCUCCCCUUUUUGUCCCCCUCCCAAGUCUCUCUUUGACUCAUCAUUUGAUGUGCUCAGACCCUCUUUUCUAGCCUGGAGCUGUGGAUUUGGCCUCAAUGACUAUUGAAUUCCUGACCCUGGCUCUGACCUGCCCUCACUUUGGCACCUCAUGUAGACCCCCCCCUCCCUUUAUCAGCCAAUUAGGCCACCAAUCACAAGCAUUUCCCUAGUGCCCACUGUGGGCCGGGCACCGCUGAGUGCCAGGGAUGCCCCCGCAUAGCCUAAGUUGGCCGAGUUGUGGACUCACAACAUUCAGACUAAAGCCCACCUGAGCCGGGGAGAUUGAGGUUCCCUCUGGUCUGGGGCCCCACCAGGGUCCAGGCAGAUGUCACAGUCAUUGCUUACCACAUCUCCAGCCACUUGCGACCCCCGCGUUUCCGCCUCUCCCUACCUUUGCUUGUGCUACACCCUAGACCCUCCAUCUGUCAGAAUUUUACCUGUCCUUUAUAGCCCAGCUCCAAGGUAAUGGCUGCCUGCUCCACUUCUUAUGCUCCCUUGUGGAUGGUGCAUUCUUUAUUACUGUAGACAUACCCCUUCCGAGACCAUAGGCACCUGGGGGGUAAGGACCAAGGCUUACUGGGUCUUUGCAUCUCCUUCAGUGGAAGAAGUCGAGUAGAUUCUUAGUAAGUGCUUGUUGAAUGAACAAACGAAUCAACAAAUGAAUGAAUGAGCGAAUGGACAGAUGGAUGGAUGAUGAAUGAAUGUCUUACUUGCCUGGGCUAUAUCACUAUAGUUCUAAUCAUUCCUUCCUUUCAUCUCUUUCCCCAGGCUAUGAUAUAGAGCUGAAAUAUAUGGGUUUAUUCUAUGUUAAAUUUAUUUUUAAGUUCACUCUUCUUCAUUUUCAAAGUGCAUGAAUGGAACAUUUUAUACUUAUUUUUAUCGCAAAAUAAA